AUGGCGCUUCUACUCGCGAUUUCGAGUCCGGAUGACGAUUACGAAUAUACCCGUCGUGGUGCUCCACUCGACCGUGACGAUGACUAUGACCGUGGCUACGGUCGUGCUGACCUGAUGCGUGAGCGAGAGACAUUCCAUGGCGAGCGAAGCGGGCUUGGCCAUAGAUCGGAGUUCUCCGAUGAUGAAGAUACCGACCAUGGGAGACACGGCCGCCCCACCCAUCGUCCAGACGCCUCAUCAAGCGACCGCUAUCGUAGCAGUGCAGAUGUAGUGCGCGGAGACGGGCCUCGUCGCCGUGGCUAUCCCACCGGUACUCCCGAUGACUCCGACAGCGACUACUCCGAAGUCGAACGUGGAGAUCGUGACAUCCGAAGUCGGGGCUUGGGACGCCGAGGCGAAACACGUCGCCCAGACCCUCGCUUCCGCGGCGAUUCCUCCGAGGAUGAAUCAGACUUGGAUUCUCGUGCGACGCGCGAAGGACACCGCGGACCUGGAAUUCGCCGAGCGCAGCCACUUCGCCCAGACGUGCGCUUCAAUGGCGGGGGCUCCGCGGGCCGUGGUGCAGCUCGUGCCAGCACCACGGACGAUGAGUCCGACUCUGAGCAGUAUGGAUCUCGUCGGGGUAAUAUUGGGGACGCUCGAGGUGGGAUGCAUCCUGGUUGUCGUGGACAUCUAUCCGAGGAUGAUGAUCUUGAUGACUCCGAGGACGAAGGAAUGCGCAGAGGACGGAGGGGAGCUAUCAGCUUUGGUAGGCCUUCCACGAGAGAAUUUUACUAG